AUGUCUACCACAGAAGUAAUAACGACAGACCUCGCGUCUAUCUCAUCCGAGACUUACAUCAAACUUUCUGGCUCACACCGUCUGGCUCACACGGCCGCCAUCCACGUCCACAAGCCGAGACAAGCACCUCAGACUUCCAAUACCAAUUCCAAGGAACAGUACAUCAAUGAUGAACAAGGGAAAGCACAUCAAGACAUUGUCUCUUCCAUCAUGGACAUUCUUGAAAAAUUCAGUCUUCAGCAACGCGGAAAUACUCUCUUCGUUGGCCGAGACGUGUUUGCACCAUGUGUCAAUCGACAUGUUUUUGCAGGAAGACGAAUUCCCAUGGUACUCCCAGCUUUUCCUGCUAAGAGCAUCAAUCGCGUCGACAAGGUAUUAGGACCUCAUCCAGACCUGGGCGAGGAACUGGCACUGGACAGAUUGAACGAUCUUUGCUCUCAGAUACAGAAUGUCUAUGCUCCCGGGGCAACAGUUCUGAUCGCGACAGACGGGGCAUGUUACAAUGAUCUCACUGGCGUCACGGACGAUGAUCUCUGGGAAUAUGGUGCUAUUUUACGUAAGAUGGUCGCAAACAAGGGAUACCGAUGUAUCGACUUUGUGCGCAUCAUGAAUCUUCUAGGAUUACAUGACGAUUCUACGAUAACGAAGGAAAGAUUCAUCAGUCUGCUUGACCCAUCGAGGCAGGAACUGAUGAGAAGAUAUGUUGAUCCUGACUUUGAUGCGAAUUUGUGCAUCAAGACGGACCCCGAUUACAAAAUGACUUUUGACGGCUACGCUAAGUUUUUGAAAAAGGACCUGGCAUAUGGCCCGAUCAGAAACUCUGCGAUCAGUGGGAAGAAGUACAAAGCAAAGGUCCAUGAAACCGCCAAGGCGAUGAUUGCACGAGGCGUGGCGUUUGCGGAGCUGAUUCGGGAGAAGCUUCCUGAGCACGUCAGACUCUCCAUUCAUCCGUCAACAGGCUUGACCAAAAUAUCAAUGCCACUAAUCCCCCAGUCGGACACGUUCUCCAUGACGCCCUGGCACUGCGCAGUGGCUGUUGACGUUGAAGGAAAUUUCAGAACUGGACACCUUCCCACGUGGAGAGAUACCCACGAACUUGUGUAUCGAAACGGGCUACCGUACUUUUUCAGAGAGAGGUCGAGCCUGUACUCCUGGGACGCAAAGGUGGAUUUUGAGCAUAUGUAUGGCGGUGGUAUUGUAGUACAUAACGUGGGAGGCUCAGAGCAGACCAAGGCAUCUCUGUCAGUCUCAGAUCAAAAGAAGGCUGCAUCGCUCGCGGUUCUUCAAGGGAGGAUUCUAUUUCGUGGAUUUGUAUAG